UUAGAAUAACCUGAUGUAUGAUUAUUUGUUGCACUUCUGUGCUUCAGUGUUUGCUACAUAAAGCUGUAGUCCGUCACUGUCUGCCCGGCUCAUUAACAUCAUCAUGUAGCCUUGAGGUCGGUCAUGUGGUGACGCCACGGCCAAGCGUGCUGAUGUAACGGGGCAGCGGAGCACCGACUCACGGGGGAGACCAGGAAGUUUUACCGGGAAGGCUGUCGGUCCGAUUGUCAAGUUCACACACGGUGUAAAUUUGUCAGUAUGUCAGGUUUGUGAAGCGAGGACACCGAUGGUUACCAAGAGCAGCUGCAGAGUGACUCCCAGUUCCUGUGCUCAGAUCAGAGGAUGGACACUGAGCUGGUUGACAGACUUGUCCUGCAGCUCAACAGGAUCUACCCGCAGAUACUAAGUGACAAGGAAGCCCACAGGUUCAGGAACCUAAGUGUGCCCACCAAGGUGCGGUUAGCAGACCUCUUGAAGCACCUGCACAGAAAAGGCGAAGAGGCAUGCCAUGAAUUCUACAGAGCCCUUCACAUCCAUACAGAGGACAUCUACUCUAGCCUGCCCAGCAGAGUCAGAGAAAGAGAGGUGGCAGAUUCAAAAUGCACUAACGACAAGACAGUUCGGCAAGAGCGAUAUGUGCUUAACGACAGAGGACCAAUGUUCUUCCUGAGCUGUUUCGGUUUUGUAGUUGGAAUUGCAAUACUCUACUAUUACGGAGACACAGAGGGUGAAACCUUGAGAUGCACUGGAGUGUUUCUUCACUGCUCGGCUGUAAGACUGAGUAAAGAUGCUAGAGAUGUUUUCAUUUCAUAUGGAGAAGUUGGAAAGUAAAAAAAAAAUGAAAACA